UGUCCAACAAACAUCGCCAUGUUCUUGGCACGGCGCCAACGUUGUGGCCUGUUGGCAUUGCGGCGGCAGCCCGCGUUCGUCCAGCGAUGGAAAAGCACCGGAGGAGGGUCCGUAGUUCCAGUGGAGAUUCAGCUCACACCUGCGGAAGAGAAGUUGUUUGAGGUGUUGCAGUUUGUCCGCAAGAAGUAUGCGCCGUCCGCGACGUUGCGGGUGGCGGGCGGGUGGGUGCGGGACAAGGUGCUUGGGAUUCCCAGCGACGACAUCGACAUUGCGCUGGACACCAUGACCGGCGAGGCGUUCGUCAAGAAAAUCGUUGCGUUUCAAAAGGCAUGUGGGGUGCCCAUCAAGGGGUUUUACAUCGUCAAGAAGAACGCCGAGCAAUCCAAGCACCUCGAGUGCGCCGCGAUUAAACUGCUCGGUCACGAGCUGGACUUUGUGCACUUGCGCAGCGAAAGUUACAGCGACCCGACGUCGCGCAUCCCGACCUUGUCGGACGUCCUCGCCACGCCCAAGGAAGACGCCAUGCGUCGCGACAUCACGAUCAACGCGCUCUUCUACAACCUCAACACCAAGACCGUCGAAGAUUUCACUGGUCAGGGCCUGUCAGACCUCCAUCGCCAAGUGAUUCGCACGCCGCUGGCUCCGACGGACACUUUCUUGGACGACCCCCUUCGUGUGCUUCGCGCCAUUCGAUUUGCCAGCCAUUACGACUUUAAGCUCCAUCCGUCAUUGGUUCAAGCCAUGCAGUCAUCCCAAGUCCAGGGAGCGCUGACGCAAAAAAUAACGCGGGAGCGGGUGGGUAUUGAGCUUCGCAAGAUGUUAAGCGGCGCCAACCCGAGCCUCGCCUUGCACUGGAUGUGCCAAGCUAAGCUCUUGCCUAUCGUGUUUCCAACCUUCUUUCAUCGACCUGAGGCCACGGUUGUUGACGGCCUGUCAACGAUACAAUUCGUUCAGGCAGUGGUAGCCAAGACACAAGAGGUUAAAAUUGGCGUCAAGGACCAAUUUGAUCACCGACUUAUGCUCGCGAGUGCGCUCGUUCCUUUUGAUCAGAGGGUACAGAACAACAGCGAAAACCAAACAGUGAAAAUGGACGCCACCUCGAUUCAAAGGAUGUUGCAGUGCCUGGUACAUGUCGUAUUCCCCCUGGUCUCUCAAACAACGAUCCAUCGAGAUACAUCCAGUCCCAAUAUCAACGGCGUACGAGUGGCGGAGAAACUUGUAGUCGACGACAAGGCGUUGGUGCACAGUGCAUUGGCAUUUCUAAGCAACUCCAAGCUCCUGGACAAGCAGCACCACAACUCCAAACAGCGCACAGAUGCCAUAAAACACGAUCUCAAGUGGUCCAAUGCCGACGCGAGCCACGCGUCUGAUGUGAUGGACGGCUGUCGGCGGUUCCAUCAGCUGGGGUAUAUUUCCCAGCAACUCGACAAACAAUCGCAGCAACCGCAUAAUACCCCCGAUGACUUCAACAUGGUGGUGCAUCUGUGCCUAUGGUAUCGCUUACAUGCCAGUACCAACGAUUUGCUGGGCCAUAUCUUGCCAAUUGUAUGGCAUGAUGGUCAAGAGGGAAGUUUACAGCACAACGAUGAGUCCAGCUUGCUCAACGUCAAGAGUGUUCGUGAGGUGCUGGAGGCCGCCAAAUCAUUGGCCAGCCAACCCAAGAACCAGCGCACGCGAUUUCCCGCCCCGGAACUGCAGUCGUAUAUACGGUUGGCGAUCAUUUCAUCAAUUUGGCUGAAAAGCACAAUAUUUGACGAAAUCAAAUGUAUCGAUGACAUAUAUUAUUCGUACAAAUAAUAAUUCCUGGUGCUAAUUGUGUAUUGGCAGAAGAAAUCCUCGACGUGGCAGUUGUCGGACGUCCUCCAUGUCGUGGCAGUGUGGGAAUGGCUACAUCCAACGGCAUCGAUGGAAGACGAGCGCGAGUUUGUGGGAAACGUGCUGGCGCUCAUCGUGAACGAUGGCGCGUCCAAGAAGCCCACGAAGGCAAACAAGUAGAUGAUGAUCAUACUAAGGACGCAAUGAAAGUUCCGUUAAGGUGUCCGCGACGUGUCGACGUAGAUGUGUUCCUUGUCCACAAGGACUUCGCAUACAAUGUCGGUCAUGGCUAAUGCGUCGCCUUUGGCAUUUCGAAUCGCCACAGGUCGUCCUGCAUGUCCAUGUUGUCAAGGGCAUGCAUUGCAUGGAAGGUGGAGGGGUUGUACCAAAUUGC